AUAGAUGUCAAUUUCUGCUCUCAGCUUUAUAUAUCAUCAUUGAAUACAUUGGCAGGAGAUACUUAAAAUAUUGCCAAAUUUAAAUAACUAUCAUACAUAUCUAUGGAAAGUUUACUUUUAUUUUUGACUAUGAGUGAAGAUAAAAAUGACACUGAUAUCACUAUAACUUUAAAAAUUCCUAUAAUAAAAGCAGAUUCCGAAGCUCAAACAAGUGGUAUAAUAAUUUCAAAAUCAAGAUCACCCGUUAGAAUAAAAAAAGAUACAAUGGAAAACGAUUUGCAGACACAGUCUAUGUCUAUAAGGAAAAGAAGAAAUUUAUCAAAGAAUAGAGGACUUGCAACCAGACAAAGAGAAAAAACGCCGGAACCAGGUAGAGCAUCAAUCCCUCAUGAAGAUUCAACGUCUGAAGAUGAAACGCCUCUCCAGCGAACUUCACGAGAAAUCGAAGCUGACAACACUUACGAAGAAAUGAAACGGUUAGUCCAAGAACAAGCAAAUGCAAAGGAUCCAGUAUAUGAUCUAGAUACUGAUGAAAUCCUUGAAGCCAGAGCCUUGGAGGCAAAUGAAAGAAGAAGAAGAAGCAUUUCUCCCUUUGCUUUACCAGAAAAAGAGGAAUUGAGUAAAUUACAACGUAAAGGUAGUUUUAUCGAUCCUGGAAAUAAAUUGUUAAGUACUAAUUAUAAUUUGAGUCCUAAAGAUGAAAAUUCUAACCGUAGCGGAUCAUUACCUUCAGACACUCCAGAAAAAAAAGAUAACAUAAAUUCUUUAUCAACGCCUCCUAUAUCGCCAAAAGACAAAGAAUUACCUCAAUCUUUUCCUACGCCUCCAAAAAAAUUGGAAGAAAUUAUUUAUCCAGAUGAAGUAAACAAAGAAUCGUUAGGAAAAGUUAAACGAAAUAAAAGUAUUAUCAAAAAAGACGAAUUAGAUUCUGAAGAAAAGGAAAUAAAGAUUAGUAAUAAGUCUGCAACAGCUAAAGAGACGGAAACUUCAGCCCCUGGUCAGCUCGUUACUAAAGUUAUACAAGUAGAAAGAACGCCAAGUAAAAAACUAACACAUGAACAGAAGCCUGUUGUAGAAGUAAGAGAAAGAGUUGUAAGAACUCCAAGUAAAAAAACAUCAGCUGAAGCGAAACCUGUUUUAGCUAAACAAAUACCUGCGAAACAAAUUACCGAACCGCAAAGUAAAGUGCCGCCUGUUAAACCAGCAAGAAGCAAGUCAUCAUUAAGAUAUGUGAGUAAGACUAGUGAAAGUGAAAUGAGCGAAGAUCAAAUAAACCAACAAAAUGUUAAGGCUAAUGGAACUAAACGAAAAGUAGUCCCAACUCCUCGACGGUUUUUAAGAAAUAGGUCUCCUAGAACCAAACGCUCACAAUCAGUUACUAGAGUUGAAGAAACAAAAAAUAUCAAUAUAACAGCAACGGGAAUGAGUGAAACUAGUCGAGAAAUACUUGAAUUAAUGCAAAAAGCCAGAGCUCGAAGUUUAUCUAUACCCAAAGACGAUCCAAGACUUCUAACAGAGUACAAGCAAUAUAGUAGAGUAUUACAAACUCCAAACAAAACGCCUGUUAAUUUUAGGCAAACUAGAGGUAUUUCAUGUCCAAAAACAAUUCAAAUAAUUAGUGAUAGAGAAAUUUUGUCAGGCUUAUCAUCAAAACAAACACCGAAAAAAGAAGUAGAAAAAUACAAUAAGCGAGCUUCAGGUUACGUUGAAGCAAGCCAAUCAGAAUACACAUCUAGUUGCUAUUCUAGUUCACCAAGUGAAAACGAAUACGAGUUCGAUUUAUUAGAGCGAUCAGCUGAACUCACCCGUAAACUUAAACUUUUAAGUCGCGAGGAUGAGACACAAGAAUUUCAACGCAGUAUUUUGGGUCAAGAAUUUGAAAAAAACCAAGAAGUAGUACCAAAAUCUACUCUCAGAAAACGUUCAGUAACGGGUAAAAGUACAGUUAGGAAUAUCGAAAAAGUAGAAGAAGUUGAUAAACAGACACCUUCAAAAGUUAAGAAAAAUAUUAAAAGUAAAACAACUACAGCAUCACGUUGGAAAUUUAUUGCAAAUUGGAGACAGUUUAAAAAUGAAUAUAAAAAUGAUUAUGACAAACUGAAAGGACUCUUAAAUAGAUGUAUUUGCGAUCUAUUAUUAUUGAUAUUUAUGUGCGGCUUAGGGGGAAUGAUGUUCAAAACAUUAGAAGGAUCGUUUGAAAACGCUUACAAAUGUAGCACAAGAAGUGUUAAAAGAGAUUUUAUUGAAAGUCUUUGGCGUGAAAGUUACCGUCUUAGAGAAGAGGACUGGAAAUCGUUGGCGAGGCGAAAACUUUACGAAUUUGAAGAUCAAUUGCAUACAGCUCAUGAAGCUGGUGUAACAUCAUACAGCGGACAGAGAUCUUGGAAUUUUAUGAACUCAUUUGUCUAUUGUUUGACAUUAGUAACUACUAUUGGUUACGGUCAUAUUGCUCCGAAAACAACCUACGGUCGAGUGGCUACAAUUGUGUACGCUAUUAUUGGCAUACCACUGUUCUUGAUUGUUCUUGCUGACUUUGGAAAGCUGUUUACAAGAAUUAUUAAGUUCUUUUGGGCUUUCAUACGAAGAUUUUACUAUACGAGAAGUUGCAAGAGAGUCAGAAGAACAGCACCUAUGCAGGAAGUAAUGAAAGGUCUGAAUAUAGUCUAUGGCGUGGUGCGUCGACCUUCACAAAUAAUUUCUGAAGAUAACAUAGAAGGUGGGACUGCUGAUGUUCCACCACCACCAGUGAUAAGAAAACCAAGUGACGUCCCGCCCCCUUUGCCUCCGAAACCUGGUACCACUUUGAAAGAAAUCGACAUUGACACCGAACCAGAUACGCCCGCACCUUCCGUUUUUGAAAUAGAUGAUGAAUUUAACCUACCCAUAUCCGUAGCCAUAUUUAUUUUAGUUGUCUACAUAAUUAUUGGUGCUGUUGGUUACAAUUUUUGGGAAACCUGGAACUUCUUUGAAUCCUUCUAUUUUGUUUUUAUAUCCAUGUCAACCAUUGGUCUUGGAGACCUAGUUCCCGACCAUCCCAUGUUCAUGAUGGCUUCAAUUUUGUACCUAGUAUUUGGUCUGGCUCUUACAUCUAUGUGUAUUAACGUAGUUCAAGUGAAAUUAUCAGAUACGUUCAAACAAGCGAGUGCAAAACUUGGAGCAACUAUUGGUCUCAAAGUGGCUGAAGAAGAUGGUAGCUUAGUACCGAUUACACCACCAGUUAUCGAAAUACCUGCUGUUCACAAAUCAAGGACAGAAACAGAAGAGAGUAAAAGUAAAGAAGAAACAGAUAAUGCUAAAACUAGAUGAAUAGUUUUGAAAUUGGUUGUUAUAUGAGUAGAUAAUUUUAGUAUUGUAACAUACGAAUAAGUGAUAUUGUUAAUAAUGUAAUAUAAUUAUUAUAUGGAUUUUAUAUAUAAUUUUUUACAAAUCUUUAUAUUAAUGUUUGUUACUGUGUGUGUGUAAGUAAAGGUUUUUACUGUUUAA